AGGCUCAGCAGCCACAGACCGUCAGCAGAAUCAGCAGUCACCAUGAACACCUCACUAGCACUGAUUGUCUCUUUGAUGGUGGUGGCCACCGUGUCAGCCGGCUCGGCACCGACACAAGACAGCCGCCAGGGCCGCCUGCUGCUGCUGCUCGGCAAGAAGAAGCUGCUGGCCGCCGCGCCGCUGCUCGCCAAGGGCGGCGCCGUCAAGGCGAUCGCCGCCAAGGGCGCCACCGUGGGCAAACUCAAGGGUCUGGGCGGCGUGGCCGGUGUGGCUGGUGUGGCCGGCGCCGCUCAGCCCGGCUACGUGGUGGCCCAGCGCCCGCAGCCGGUGUACGUGCAGCAGCCGACCGUGGUGGCCGUGCAGCAGCCUCAGCAGCCUGUGUACGUGAAACAGCCGACCGUGGUGGCCGUGCAGCAGCAGCAGCCUGUGUACGUGCAGCAGAGCCAUCCGACGUACGUGCAGCAGAGCCAGCCUGUGUACGUGCAGCAGAGCCACCCGACGUACGUGCAGCAGAGUCAAUAUGGCCGCUAGAUAAUCAGGCUGACCCGCUGACAGUGGGACCAGCUGCUGACAGCUGGGGACAAUAUCUGGUAACUGCACUGUCAAUUUUGGGCAGCUGUAGAUUUUUGAACAUAUUUUUGAAAUCGUUUAUCUCUGUUUUCGUGCUUUCAGUGAUGUUCUAACUGAGAAUGUGAUGUCAAUGUUUUGUUUCAUUCAUCAAUAUUGCUCAGUUACUGUGUUACGCACUCAAUGGAAAAUACAUUUGUUGUUGGAAUCA